AUGCCGCGUGCCAUCGACCUGGUUAGUACCUGCUGCCGCGUUGACCUGGUUAGCCGCAUGACCCGCUGCAGCACCGGGUACGGCGCCUCCAUGGCCUACACCUGUUUCACCAUCAGCCCCUAUGUCCUCGUCCAGGUCAAGGAUCUUGGCGCCGCAACCGAAUCUCCGCCACUGAAGGAUGUACGAGGGCGUACGCACUCGAAACUUGACUGCACGAGCACGAUGAGGGCCUCCAGAACCAGAUCCUCCGCGGUCGCGUGUAGCGCCGCCGGCCAUCGCGGCCAUCAUCGGCUUCCGCUCCACCGCCUGCUCUGCCGCCCGCUCCACUGCCGCCAUGGCUCCAGUGAGGCACACACCGUACUAGGAGUUUAUAUAGACUGGCCGCCAUUACUCUCUCGAUGA